AUGACUCGAGCUCCUCUACUCCUGUCUAUACUCACAGCAACGAGCUGUGCUCUCUAUGAUUUUUCUCCAGAGAAUUCACUAACAAUAUACGAUAAUAAUCUGCCAACGCAACUCUCAUUACCUGACACCCAGCUUGCUGCCGAAGGCUUCAACUCCUACUGGUUUUCUCACUUUCUUACCACAGGCAACGAUACCGAAUAUGUACUUCUAGCUCAGGCCGUCGUACUUCCUACCAAUGAGAUCACCAUCAGAACCUCUUUGCUCGACGUUGGGAACCCGGAGAUUUACUGGCAGAGUUCAAGCACAGUUCCUCUUCAAGGGAACACCACAUCAAUAAAUGGCCGACUGAGCAUCAAGGGAAAAGGAUUUGAGCUGUCGAGCAAUUCAGACGAUAAUCUUGCAAGCAUGGUUUCAGGUGGUUCAACCGACCACUACAAGUACAACUUGACAGUCCAAGCGAGCUCAAGGGUGAUUUUGAACGCCGGAACAGGACUCUUCAAUUGGGGGAAAAGUAACACCACGCAAUGGUCACUCCCAAGUGGCCAAACCUCGGGCACGUUAUCUAUCGGCGACUCGCUGUAUCAGGUUAACGGCGAACGCUCAAUGACGUGGUACGAUCGACAAUACGGUGGUAGUGGCCCCGACAGCGGAUUCACCUGGUUUGGGGUCCAGUUUCCUGGCUCGAAUGUCAAAGCUAGCAUCUGGCACUCCGACAACGAGGAUCCCGAGCAGCCUCUCCGCUUUGCGACUGUUCGUACAAACUACGGGUUAUCAAUCGUACGAUUCAAUGCGACUGCCGACCCGAACGAGGUAUGGACAUCGCCAACAACCAACACUACAUACCAAACCAAGUGGUUUCUUGACUUUGACAACGGAGAUUUCCUGGAAGUCACUAGUGUGAGGAAAGACUAG